CUGCUCUCUCCCUCAGUGUUUUAGGAAACGUGGCCUUACUGCCGCAGCAGAGACUCCUCCGCUGCUCCGCUUCUCCUCUGCCCGACUGUCAGCCUCUGAAGAGAACCAUGUCCGAGACGGAGCAAGCCCCGGGCCCAGGUCCGGAGGUCCUGGACGCCCUGAACGCGACGGCCUCCAACGGCACCGAGGCGCUCAACGCUACGGCCAAAUUCGUGGCCACCCCGGAGGGCACGGCGCUGGCGUACGGCAGCCUGGUGCUCAUGGCGCUGCUGCCCAUCUUCUUCGGAGCCCUGCGGUCCGUCACCUGCUCCAAGUCCAAGGAGCUCGGAGAAAAUGAUUACGAUACUGGGUUCAGAAACGCGUCCGACAUGCCGGAGACGAUCACGGGCCGCGACGCCGCCAGGUUCCCCAUCAUCGCCAGCUGCACGCUGUUCGGACUCUACCUGUUCUUCAAGGUGUUUUCUCAGGAGUACAUCAACCUGCUGCUGUCCGUCUACUUCUUCGGGCUGGGCGUGCUGGCUCUGUCUCACACCAUGAGUCCUCUGAUGUCCAGAAUCUUUCCAGAUUCUUUCUCCAACAAGCAGUACCAGCUGCUCUUCACUCAGGGCUCCGGGGAGUCCAAAGAAGAAAUAGUCAACUAUGAGUUUGACACCAAGAACCUGGUGUGUCUGCUCAUCAGCAGCGUGGUGGGGGUCUGGUACCUGCUCAAGAAGCACUGGAUAGCCAAUAACCUGUUCGGCCUGGCGUUCGCCCUGAACGGCGUGGAGCUGCUGCACCUGAACAACGUCAGCACUGGCUGCAUCCUGCUGGGAGGGCUGUUCGUCUACGACGUCUUCUGGGUGAGUGUUUGGACCAACGUCAUGGUAACAGUGGCCAAAUCCUUUGAAGCACCAAUCAAAUUGGUGUUCCCUCAGGACCUGUUGGAGAGAGGACUGGAGGCCAGUAACUUUGCCAUGCUGGGUCUGGGAGACAUCGUCAUCCCAGGAAUCUUCAUCGCCCUGCUGCUACGCUUCGACGUCAGCCUGAAGAAGAACAGCAGGACGUAUUUCUAUUCCAGCUUCCUGGCCUACAUCUUCGGCCUGGGACUCACCAUCUUCGUCAUGCACACCUUCAAACACGCACAGCCUGCUCUCCUGUACCUGGUCCCGGCCUGCGUGGGAUUCCCCGUCAUCGUAGCGCUGAUCAAAGGAGAGCUCACAGAGAUGUUCAGGUACGAGGAGACUCCUCCGGAGGACUCUGAGCCUAAAGAGGACACAGAAGAAAAGAAGGACCAAUAGCCCCUCCUCCCCUGCUCCCCCCCCCAGCCUGCUGCCGCCACAUUUCACGAAGCCCUGCCCAACUCUCCUGCUUCCUGUCUGUUGCCAGGGAAACGUUGUUUGUGUGAUCACCGUGGGAGCGCGGUGGUCUUUGUGGUUAAAGUUGCUCAGACUCUUUCUGUACGCCGGGCGCUGCGACGUCAUCACAUUUCUUCUUUGUGUGUCUGCGGCUUGCCGGCUCAGGUUUGCCUCGUUUCCUCCGCACGGCUCCGCUCCAGUUCCGCCUCUUACAGCUGCAGGUUGGUCCUCAGUGUUAAAACUGCCAUGACGUCAUCUUCAAUCUCCGGUUGUAGCUCCAGCUCUGCUCUGGUUACAGCUCCGGUUCGGUUCCAGUCCGCCUCUUAGAGCUACAGGUUGUUCCUCAGUGUUAAAACUGCCGUGAAGUCCUCUUCAAUCUCCGGUUCCUGCUCCACUCCGGUGCCAGCUCUAUUUCCAGCUCCACCUCUUACAUCUACAGGAUGUUCCUCAGUGUUAAAACUGCCAUGACGUCAUCUUCAACGUGUCGCUGUUAUCAUCAUACAAACAGAAGAACCUGUUGUACGCAGUAGGAACAGCGCCAACUCCACACAGUGGCCAGACGGUGGAGUUACACCUUCUGUGUCGCCUCGUGCGUCAGUAAAUCAGCGGAUCAUUUCUUUAGGUUACAUCCCAGUAGGAACACCUAAUAACGCCGCGUCAAACAUGAUUUCUUAUGUAAAGGAAGAUGAAGAAGCCUUAAGUACGGUGGCCCUGAGAGCUCACAGCGCUGCAGCCUAAGAAAACACAUGCAAAUACACAAAACACGAGCAAACUGAGAAAACAUCAUCAAUUUGACAACACAAGAACAGCGUUUAGAAAACGCUGCAAAGACCACAACACAACAGAAGUGUUUCCAGAGGACACUUAAAAAUGAUGCACACGUCUGGACACGUUGGUGAUAUUAUCAUGUUUCUGUUGUGUUGUGGUCUUUGCAGCGUUUUCUAAAUGCUGUUCUUGUGUUGUCAAAUUGAUGAUGUUUUCUCAGUUUGCUUGUGUUUUGUGUAUUUGCAUGUGUUUUCUUAAGGUACAGCGCUGUGAGCUUUAAGGGACACCUUACUUAAUACCUACCAGCUGAUAUUAACAUGGUGCAAAACCAAAACCGGAGCAAGCGGAGCUGCCGGACCAAGCCUUGUGGAGGAAAUGCGGCAAAAGACCUGAAACCAUAAAACUUCCACUGUUGGUUUCUGAUCAGCCUCUAAAGUGGAAAAAUCCAGCUUCUGUUGUUUAGUUUAAAGCGCCUUGGUCUCCAGGUGCUCCAGGUUCUACCUUCUGCUUUCUCACAUUGCUGUUUUUCUUUUAGUUCUUGUUUUGUUUUUUUAUUUGUUUUAUAGUUUCUUGUUAAAGGCCAGAACUUUAAGCGGAUGCAUCCAGUUCAGAAGUUGUUUUUUUAAAUUAUUUUGUCCCAGCUGUUCGGUGUUUACAUGUGAGUCAGCUUUUAAAGCUGCAGGGAUGUUGGGAAGCAGCUGUUUGUCCCAGGAGUCAGUCAACACCUGCACUCUGGAGAAACAAAGGUACGGCAGCUGAAAACCAAAGGGACAAAAUGUUUCGGCUUCUUCUCCUCAGUUCCGCUUCUGGUUUUCCUGAUUUCUUUCCCCGCCUGCUUAAAUAAAGUCGACUGAAAGCUCUGAAUAUUAGUUUCAGUCUUAAAGUUCUGGCCUGAGGAGUAAAGGGAGGAGGAGGUCAUGAACCUGCUGAAUAAUUCCAGUCCUCAUUCUCACUUCUGAUUGGCCGAGGAGGCUGCGAGGGGCGGGGCCCCGUUUCCUCCUCAGCUAAGAAAAACUGAGAACAGCAAGGUUUCUUUUCAACAAGCGUUCUGUGUUUUGAAACUGAAUUAUUUGGUUUUUUUUCACAAAACCAUUAAAAAAAGUGUAAUCAUGGAACAUGGAAAUAAAAAACUGAAUGUAA